UGGCUCUAUAUCACAUUCACGACAGCGAUAAUCGACGUAUAGCUCGAGAUGCAAUCCUACCAGACCUAUAAUGCGGCGUUUCGAUCAAUCUACGUUCUUCAUCGCCGUCGCCAUUGAUCUUUAUCCACCACGGUGAAAACUUACACGAGCAAGCAGUGACUGGUGGAAUGGUAACACGAAAUGCCGUCAACUACGCCAGGUGAUAGCCUCCUCAUCCAAACGUCUUCCCUGUCUCGAUUCCGCUCUUCGACGCUCCUCAUUUUGAUCGUCGUCUGCUCAGCCGUCUUCACAGACAUUUUCCUCUACGGGCUCCUCGUCCCGGUGCUGCCCUUUGCGCUCACAUCCCGCGCCGGCGUCCCCGCCCCCGAGAUCCCUCGCUGGAAUGGCAUCCUCCUGGCCCUCUACAACCUCGGCCUCUGCCUCGGUAGUCCCGCCUUCGGCUUCCUCGCCGACCGCAUGUCGAGCCGCCGUCUGCCGUUCCUCGCAGGCCUCGUCGCCCUCGCGGCGUCCACGCUGCUGCUAUGCCUGGGCCGCAGCGUCGCGGUCAUAGCGGUGGGACGCGUGCUGCAGGGGCUCAGCGCGGCGAUCUGCUGGGCGGUCGGGCUGGCUCUCCUGGCGGACAGCCUGACGGAGAGGGUGGGCUGGGCGUUGGGCUGGGUGAACUGGGCGAUGACGGCCGGGUUUCUCCUCUCGCCGAUUCUGGGCGGUCUCGCCUAUGAGAAGGCUGGCUACUACGCUGUGUACUAUAUGGCGUUCGGGCUGAUCGGAUGCGACAUCGUCCUCCGGCUGUUUAUGAAGGAGGGGGGUUCUGCCCGUAAGCGGGAUGCCAACGCAACAGAGGAUAAUCCCGCCAGAGGAGAGCCUCGAGCCAUUGAGCCGGACCUGGUCGAACCACUUCAAGGAGGUCCGGGAAAUCAUUUAGGCCCGGGGGUCGCCAACUACUGGGCUUUGAUCAAGUCGCGGCGGCUCCUCGCCUCCCUCAUCGGCUGCAUCAUGCAAUCAGCCUCCAAAUUCGCAUUCUUCGCCGUCAUCCCCCCUUUUGUCGACAAGAUAUUUCAUUGGAAUGCUCUCGACGCCGGACUCAUCUUUCUGUGCGUCCUGCUUCCGGGAUUUCUGUCACCGGUCGUGGGCAGCGUUGCCGACCGCUACGGCACCAAAUGGCUGUCUUUUGCGGGCUUCGUCCUCUCUGUCCCGCUGUUCGUUUGUCUGCGGUUUGUCACCGAGAACACCUUGACGCAAAAAGUGCUCUUGGGCGCACUGCUCACACUCAUGGGCAUCGCCCUCACGCUCUCGAGCACGCCGCUCAUGGCGGAGAUCACGUACGUCAUUGAAGACAAGGAGAAGGGGAGGCCAGGAAUAUGGGGCACAAAGGGUGUUUACGGCGUUGGCUUUGGGCUCUUUACCACGUCCUUUGCUUUGGGUGGCGUCAUUGGGAGCUUCAUGGCGGGCUAUCUGUACGAUGGACCUGGUUGGGAAACUUUUGGCUGGGCGUUUGGCAUCUGGUGUGCCGGUGGAGCGAUGAUAUGCCUUCUCUUUGUCGGCAAACCUACGAUUCGAUGAAUAGGGGCUCGGUGAGCCACGGCUACCUGUUCAACAGAAUGCGCGUCUAGUAUCAAUCUAGUGUAUUUAAUGUAGCUCAUACUCUUGUUUGUCAAUCAACGCACUUAUCUAG